GCAGGCAGCGGCGGCGGUGGCAGCAGGCGAGGAUCCGCGAGGCCCCGCGAGGCCAUGAAGGUGAAGAAGGGCGGUGGCGGGACCGGGCCGGGGGCGGAGCCCGCUCCAGGAGCUUCGAACCGGAGUGUGGAACCUACGCGGGAGCCUCGGGUGGAAUCCGAGUCCGGGUCCGAGUCGGAGCCAGAGCCAGGCCCGGGGCCCAGGCUGGGGCCGCUGCAGGGCAAACAGACCAUCGGGCCGGACGACGUGCUGGGGCUGCAGCGGAUUACAGGCGACUACCUGUGCUCCCCUGAGGAAAAUAUCUACAAGAUUGACUUCGUCAGGUUCAAGAUCCGAGACAUGGACUCAGGCACAGUCCUCUUUGAAAUCAAGAAGCCCCCUGUCUCAGAACGGUUGCCCAUCAACCGGCGGGACCUGGACCCCAAUGCAGGGCGCUUUGUUCGCUACCAGUUCACACCUGCCUUCCUUCGCCUAAGGCAGGUGGGAGCCACGGUGGAGUUCACGGUGGGAGACAAGCCGGUCAACAACUUCCGCAUGAUUGAAAGGCACUACUUCCGCAACCAGCUUCUCAAAAGUUUUGACUUCCACUUCGGCUUCUGCAUACCCAGCAGCAAGAAUACCUGUGAACACAUCUAUGAUUUCCCACCUCUCUCUGAGGAGCUAAUCAGCGAAAUGAUUCGUCACCCAUAUGAGACACAGUCUGACAGCUUCUACUUCGUGGAUGACCGGCUGGUGAUGCACAAUAAGGCAGACUAUUCCUACAGUGGGACACCCUGACCCCCACGCUGCCCCUGCCUGUGAGGCUCUGGCCUAGACCUCGUGCUGGGAGCUCUCCAACAUCAUCUCAACUUGGGGAUGGCUCCCGCGGCUCUGGACCCUGAGUCAGUUUUGAGAGGAAGGGUGCCCAGCACCCCUAGGCCAAGCCUCUGAAGCUCAUGGGGCCUGUCACAUAGGGCAGACGGGGAGGCUGUUGGCCCCUAUGUUCAGGAAAGCCUCCUGGAAGCAGAGGACUUCUGGACACCUCGCUUGGUCCACUAGGCCUGAGUUUCAAGAUAGUGUUCCCUUCUCGAGGCUGUGACUAGAUCAGGUUAGGGAACCACUCCCUGUCCCCUGCCCACCACCUCUAGGCUAUUUAUAGUUGUCAGUACACUGACGAAGAUCCACAGUGGGUACCCUGGUCUCAGCCCUGGCCUCCUCCAGCAGUAGCCAAGACAAUGCUCCAGGUGUGAGAGGGACAGGUCCUGAUUUCAGCCUCUGGUAGGACCUGGGCAAACUGUAUAUAGUUUUCAAUAAACCUCCUUUUCUGUUCUUGGG